AUGCGGUCUACGGGCGAGCUCAGGUUUGAGUUUGUCCAGGGGAAGACAGCGUGUACUACUGCUUACGCGAGAUAUCCUAUCAAGUUCGUAUCAGCGACCAGGGCAUCUGAUGGGGGCUGUUCCUGGGUGUACACGUUAGGCUAUGGAGGAGGCGCAGUUUGCGGCGACGAGGUGACAAUAACGUGCCACGUCGAGGAGAACAGCACUGCGGCGCUCACAACACAGGGAUCCACGAAGGUCUUCAAGCGAGGGUCAAAGAGCGAACACGCAACAGCGACAGAGCUCGAAUCGGACCAGUGUCACAGGGCUUCUCAGACGCUCCUCUCCCGAGUGGCAAGGGCGGCUCUGCUGGUGGUUGUUCCUGACCCUGUGACCUGCUUCGAGAACUCCAGUUUCAAACAGCACCAACGAUUCCUGCUCGAGCAUGGCUCUAGCUUGGUCCUCGUCGACUGGUUGACGAGCGGGCGCAUGUCACGCGGGGAGGGCUGGGCGUUCAAUCGCCUCGAGUCAAGAAAUGAGGUCAUGGUGCAGUCAUGUACAAAGGGUAAAGGGCAAGACGAGGACAACUCGGGCGGGUGGAAGCCGCUGGUGUUCGACUCCCUAGUGCUGGAGGAACUGCCAGGCCUAACUGUCCGCGAGAGAAUGUUGGGAAUGAACGUGGUCGGCAUUGUCAUCCUGCUCGGGCCUCGCUUGGAAGGGUUGGUGUCGAAAGUGUUGGACCUUGAGACCACGAAGCGAUCACGCUUUCCGGCUGGACUGGAACCAAAAGGAGCGGCGACCGGUGAUAAGCAGACGGCGUUGCCCCCAAGAGAGACGGGAAGGACGCUCUCUUCUGUGAGCCCUCUGAACGGUGGAAUCGACGACUGGUGCAGAGGGCUCGCCUACCGCUUCGCGGCAGAGAGGACCGACGAUGCUCGCGCGAUGCUCCACGACCUCCUCCUCCCGCUGCAGCAAGCAUUGGGGGGGAGGGCCCCGUACAGUCGGGAGGGCGGGGAAUCUUGAACGACGGCAGAUGCAGCAGCGUUAGCAUGCGUGAAGGAGGAGGUCGAGAAUCGCAUGCUGCACGGUGUGGCUGGCACAGCGCGCCACUUUGUCC